AUGAUGGUGGUUGGCGACAUGAGAACUGGUGGCUGGUGUCUGGAUUUAGGGGUUCAAAAGGACAACUCCGUCUUCUGGUCGAGAUUUGAAGCAGAAAAGCAUCUUCGCUCUGUCGGUUCUCCGCAAAGGAGACUCUUUUCUACAUCGGAGAGGGAAACGGCGUCGGAGGAAGGCCGAGGGAGGCAAGGUCGGCGGUGGUGUGUUGAUAGAGAUAACCACUCUCAAAUAGCACACCAAGCACCUCAACAAUUCUACAAUCCAACAUUCUGA